AUGUUCCUAGAGGAAGAAAUUGAUGUAGAAACAAAUUGUUUGGUACGAUGGUUGAAUUUAACCCGUGACAAGAUGAAAAAAGAAAACGUUUUCCAGGGAGAAGACUUUUGGAAACCAUGGGCAUCAAGCGAUCUGGCAUUUCUAGUGGAAGGACAAAGGUUUCAUGUCCAUCGAUGGGUUUUGUCACAGUGUUCACCAGUCUUCGAGAAAAUGUUCAUAUCAAAUUUCUCGGAAAAGGACAAAAGAGAAAUAGUUAUGCCUGGAAAGAAAAUAACUGAGUUUCACGAUUUGCUAUUGAUGGUGUAUUCACUCGCGGAGCGCUCAAUAACGAGCGAAAACUGUUCUUAUCUUUUAAAACUCGCCGAUGAAUACCAAAUAGGACUUCUUCUCGAAAAGUGCGAGGAUUUUUUAAUGGCCUCAUCUGGGGAUAUUUUCGCGGGUACUUUGAGCUUAAAAGACAUUUUUAAUGAUUUUUUACUUGAGCAAUCCGCUUCCAAGAAAGAGCAAGUAUUAGCUCUGUUGAUUCUCGCACAGGAGUACCACUUGGAAAAUCUAAUUACGACCUGUGUUUUAGAAGCGCGUAAAUUUAGCUUGACGGAAUUGAAACAAGAUUAUAGAGAGCUGUGUGAUCUGCUGGAGCCAAAAAUUUACUGUGGGAUUCUGGAAAGGAUCAUUGAGCGAAGAUUUGUUGUGUUUUGA